AUGGCCGGCUCCAAAGGCAAGAGGGGCAUCCGCUUCCCUCACCAAAAGGCGAAUGGCCAGUCCGCUGGUUCGGACGGCCGUAGAUCCAGUUUCAGCGACCUCAGCGACGAUGCAGCUCCCACCAAGCACCAGGCUCAGCUGUCCACCGUCCAAGAGAAACCCCCCUCUGAGAAGCAGAAGAAGGCAGAUUACGAGAAGAAAAAGGCCAACUUCUGGACGCGCACAGUCUGGACCUUCAUCAUGAUCGCCGGUUUCUUCGCUGCCCUGUUCAUGGGCCACAUCUACAUCAUCCUCGUCAUUACCAUUGUCCAGAUCAUCUCCUUCAAGGAGGUCAUUGCAAUCGCCAAUAUCCCCAGCCGAGCCCGCUCUCUAAACUCCACCAAGAACCUCAACUGGUACUGGCUCGCGACCACCAUGUACUUCCUCUACGGAGAGACCGUCAUCUACUACUUCAAGCACAUUGUCCUGGUCGACAAGGUGCUUCUGCCUCUUGCUACCCACCAUCGCUUCAUUAGCUUUAUUCUCUAUGUCUUUGGUUUCGUCAUCUUCGUCGCAUCUCUCUCGGCCGGUCACUACAAAUUCCAAUUCACAAAUUUCGCUUGGACACACAUGGCUCUGUACCUCAUUGUGUGCCAGGCGCAUUUCAUCAUGAAUAACGUUUUUGAGGGAAUGAUAUGGUUCUUCCUUCCAGCCGCACUCGUCAUCACCAACGACAUCUUUGCCUACGUCUGCGGUAUCACAUUCGGCCGCACGCAGCUCAUUAAGCUCUCCCCCAAGAAGACUGUCGAGGGAUUCGUUGGUGCGUGGAUCAUGACUCUGGUCUGGGCUGUCGUGCUCGUCAACCUCAUGAAGCGCUCCAAAUACUUUAUCUGCCCCGUCAACGACCUUGGCGCCAACAUCUUUACUGGCCUCCAGUGCGACGUCAACCCUGUCUUCCUGCCCCACACCUACGAGCUUCCCCAGCUGUUCUUCCUCCCGCCGAAUACCUCCUUCUCCGUUACGCUCGCACCCAUGCAGCUCCACGCCCUCGUCUUGGCCACGUUCGCCUCUCUCAUUGCUCCCUUCGGCGGCUUCUUCGCCUCGGGUCUCAAGCGCUCCUUCAAGAUCAAGGACUUUGGCGACUCCAUCCCCGGCCAUGGUGGCAUGACGGACCGCAUGGACUGCCAGUUCAUCAUGGGCUUCUUCGCCUACGUCUACUACCACUCCUUUAUCGAGACGCACCAGGUCCGCCUCGGCACCGUCCUCGAGACCGCCAUCACGAGCUUGACUGUCGACGAGCAGGUCGAGCUCGUCAAGGGCAUGGGUCGUUAUCUCACCAAUCAGGGCCUUGUCGCUGAAGAUUUCCUCCAAUGUAUCGAUAACGCCUUCCCUCUAAAGCGAUAA